GGAGGUGGCUACAUUGUGUCUAUUGUAUCCCUGGGCUUGCUUAUUAGUGCUUUUCUCCGGACCUGAAAUUCAGUGAAAGCCAUGGCUGAUGAGCAAGAAAUCAUGUGCAAAUUGGAAAGCAUUAAAGAAAUCAGGAACAAGACACUGCAGAUGGAGAAGAUCAAGGCCCGUUUGAAGGCUGAGUUUGAGGCCCUUGAGUCAGAAGAGAGGCACCUGAAGGAAUACAAGCAGGAGAUGGACCUCCUUCUACAGGAAAAGAUGGCCCAUGUGGAAGAACUCCGACUGAUUCAUGCUGACAUCAACGUGAUGGAAAACACCAUCAAACAGUCUGAGAAUGACCUAAACAAGCUGCUAGAGUCUACCCGGAGGCUACAUGAUGAGUAUAAGCCACUCAAAGAACAUGUGGAUGCCCUGCGUAUGACUCUGGGUCUGCAGAGGCUCCCUGACCUAUGUGAAGAGGAGGAAAAACUCUCCUUGGAUUACUUUGAGAAGCAGAAGGCAGAGUGGCAGACGGAACCUCAGGAGCCCCCCAUUCCUGAGUCCCUGGCCGCUGCAGCCGCUGCUGCACAACAACUCCAAGUGGCUAGGAAGCAGGACACUCGGCAGACAGCCACCUUCAGGCAGCAGCCCCCACCUAUGAAGGCCUGUUUGUCAUGCCAUCAGCAAAUUCACCGAAACGCACCUAUAUGCCCUCUGUGCAAAGCCAAGAGUCGGUCCCGGAACCCCAAAAAGCCAAAACGGAAACAGGAUGAAUGAAGAGAGGUGUGAUACAUAGAGCUCUGCAGCUCAUAACACCUCCCCUUGGCCAGAGUGAUUGAUGUCCUGAUGUGAAGAAACCCUUCCCAAACUCUAUCCAGUCUCCUAUUUAAUAUGAUGGAAGCACAACCCCUUUUUCACAAUCCCUUUUUCUUAUUUCUUUCUGAACUUGAGGGUUUCUGGUUUAGGAAAGGGUUUGGUUUAGGUGCUAAAGACAAUGUGAGUGUUUUUGCUGACUCUUUGUCUCACACCCACACCCACAUUUCUCUACCUUUGCCCUUGUUUGGAGCUCAAGGAAGGGCAGAAAACCCACAUAGGUUUUCUCUGUCUCUUGUGUCCAAGAUCUGGGGGCUUAAACUCUGAGCACUGGUGGAGGCCCAGAUCUUGUUUCAGAUGAAGGCCCCAUACUGCCUCUUCCCUGUGUUUUUUCCCUUGGCUCCAAGAGGAUAACAGUCCUCUUACUGGACUUUACAAAAGGCUUGGUGCAUAUAUCUUCCUCACUCCCAGUCUCAUCUCCUCCUCAAGGUCCAGAGGUAUCUUGGACAUGCUCUCUUUUCAUACUUAUUUGUGAGACCCAAAUAAGUAGAGCUCAUUUCCAUCUCCAGUCUCUCUAAUAUACUAAAGUUCUCAGGUACCUGGCUGUGUGUCUGACGAUCCUGAGAUCUGCAUGCAGGCCUUUCCCUUUUAUAACCCUAGCCUUUCUUUGCAGAUCAUCCCCCACAGUGAAAAUCAGGGAGCUCUGUCCUGCCUAACUUUCUGCCCUAAAUCAUUGGGCUUGAUGGGUCUGCUGUUAAGGCUAUCUUGGCCUGAGAAUAGUCCUAGGAUGUCAUCUGUGUUGCCUUUUGCUUAAAGUUACUACUGUGGCACUUAAUAAUAUAUCUUCAGAGUCAGUGGAGUGGGUAUAAUUCAUGUGAGUGUUGAUUACUUUAAAUCUGCAGGAGAGUAAGAUACCCCCUCCAUUCAUCCCUGCUUCUCUGGGGCCUGCCCUCUUCCGUUAAGCAACCUUAACUCAGUUUGGCUGCUGGCUGCCCCUUUUCUGGUUGAAAUAUGUAGUGGCAUUCCCUCCCCUCCCUAUCUACAGAAAGAAAAGACACCAGGCUCCCCAGACCGUACAGCUCUUCUCCCUAAUACACUCCUCACCCCUCACACAUCAAAGUUUGAACUCUAGUUGAUUGAUUUUCAGAGAGGGGGGCUGACUCAUUGAACAUGUUUUAGCUCUAGUUAUCAGUCCCUGACAAAGGUCCAGAGUCUAUGUUUUCCUUCCUUAGUUUUAUGUUGCCACAGUGUCUGUGUGUUCAUAGCAUAAAAAGUUCUUCCACUUUUUUAAAACUGAGAGUGCGAUGUUCUUACUGAUCAUUUUAAAUAAACAUUUGAUCAUUGGAAUAAAUGCUGACCGAGUGAGUGCCUAUGAUGAUCAGAUAUAAUAUUUUUUCCUCUUUUGUGGAAGAGACAGCACCUUUUGAUAUGAGAUGCUGCAUGCGUUCAGAGACUCUUGGUCAAAUUUACAGACAACUUACCACAUCUGCCAACAAAAACCUUACAAAAAACAUAAUAUGAAUGGUCAUUUUUACAGAUAACAAAACUGGGGCUCAGAUAGGGAGAAGUAUUUGCCAAUAAAUACAUAGGAAGAGGCAAAAUCAGAGGCAAACUCAUUCUGUAUGCCUCCAAAACCUGUGUUCCAGGAGCAAAGAGGGAGGGGAAGGAAGAAAAUUAGAGUGAAAGAAUAAAUUUAGGGGGAUGGAGGACAAAGAAGGAAUAGAUGGAGAGUAAUUUAUUUGUUAUAUUGUUAAAAUAUAAUAUACAUUCAAAUCACUUUGUUCAACAUUCACAUUUGAUGCUUACAUUAAUAAUCCUGUACUGUUUGUAAAGCAUGCAUUAUCAUCCACGUAUUACAGAUGAGACCCAGAGAGAAUAACUCAAUUCCCUAAAUUUAAGCAAAUAAGCGCAAAACUAUGGGAUCUAGGGAUAGACAGGGAUUGAGGUGCUUGCUUGCUGACUACUUGUAUCCUUGGCACCACAUGUGGUCUCCUAAACACCAUCAGAACUGAUCCUUGGGCACAGAUCCAGAAUAUAAGUCCUGAGCAUAGCUGGGUGUCACCCAAAACCCAAACAGAAAAAAGGAACCUUCUGCUCUGGAAAAAAUGGAAGGAAUGGCAAACA